AUGGACCCGAGACAGUCACGGAUCACAGAGCUGGCAAUAGCCAUCAAAAAGCAGACGGAAAUACUCCAGUCAUUAUUGGACAGUCUCAAGGUUGCGACGCCUUCCUUUUCUGUGAACGCCAAUCAGGAGCUGCCUCGCAAUGCAGCUGUUCAGCUCGCGCAGUCCUCUAUCCUCGACUCUUGUACGGAACUGCAGGAUUUGGUUGAAGGCCCCCUGGGACAUGUUGGGCGAAUAAUGAGCCCUCGAGUUCAUAUCUCGUCAGCCCUGCAAGCUAUUGUACAUUUCAACAUAGCAGGGAAAAUCGCAAAACACGAGACUGUUUCAUUUGGCGAGAUCGCAAAAAGAUGCAAAAUGGACGUAGAUGAUGUCAAGCGAAUUAUGCGAUUAGCCAUCUCGUACCGAAUCUUCAAAGAGUCUCAUAUCGGAUUUGUAAAUCACACGGCCAGCUCAUUCUUGAUUGCUGAAAACCUUCUUGUGAGGCAAUGGAUUAGUCUUUGCUGUGAUGAGUUCAUACCAGCGGGUUCGUUCCUUGUUCCUGCCAUGAAAAAAUGGCCUAGCUCUGAAGAGCCUAACGAGACCGCGUUUGCGCUGCUUCAUAAGGGAGAUAGUCUAUGGGACGUCCUUAAAAAGCAACCUGAAAAAGCUCAGCGCUUCGCGCACGGAAUGGAGUACAUGCGGACACUCCCACCAUUCGACAUCAACCAUCUGUUUACCUCGUUGAACUGGGAAAUCGACUGUGAAACGGUUUUGGUGGACGUGGGCGGUUCUCAAGGCUCCAUUGCUGAAGCUUUACUUCGAAGAUACCCGCGACUACGAUGCUACGUCCAAGACCUUCCAGAGACCCUGAACAAAGCCGUUGUGCCCAAGGAUCUCAAGGGUCGUCUUGAGUUCGUAAGCCACAGCAUAUUCAAAGAGCAGCCUAUAAAAGCCGACGUAUACUUGCUCAGGUCAAUUUUGCACGACUGGUUAGAUGGAUAUGCCCUGCAAAUCAUCCGGAACCUGAUCCCCGCUCUCGAGGUUGGAUCCAAGGUGAUUAUAAAUGAGAUAUGUCUACCGGAGCCAAACGCCAUCUCAGCAUAUGAGGCACAGCUUAUUCGCGGAUACGAUCUUUCAAUGAAGCAACAAUUCAAUUCGAAAGAGCGAGAUGUGCACGAGUGGGAAACUCUCUUCCGACUUGCAGACAGACGGUUCAAACUAAAUCGUAUCGUCAACCCACCAGGCUCAUUCCUUGCCGUCCUGGAAUUUGAAUGGCAACCCAUGGCACCAUAA